CCUUACAGAGCGCUGCCCUGGGGCUUAAAUUCAUCUGGAAAUCUCCAAGUCAAGCAGGCAGAUCUCAGAGGAGCCCACCCAGAGAGGAAAACACUGCACGGCUGCCGCCUGAACCACAGCAACAAUGAGUAAGAGUGCUGAUGAAGAUCAGGUCAAAGACAGACUGCAGCAGUUGAGAUGCCAUUUCACAUGGAAGUUGGUAAUUGAAGACGCUGAAGUGACUGAUUUAGAAAACAGGGUCUUCGAUGAAAUUGAUUUCCUAGACACAAAAUACAUUGUGGCAAUGUACAACCUCCUGGCCUAUGUGAAACACCUGACAGGCCAGAAUAAGGAAGCCCUGCAGAGCUUGCAAGCAGCUGAAGACUUAGUCCAGAAAGAACACGCCAGACAAUCGGACGUGAGAAGGCUGGUAACCUGGGGCAACUAUGCCUGGCUGUAUUACCACAUGGGCAGGCUGGCAGAAGCCCAGAUUUACCUGGACAAGGUGGAGAACACUUGCAAGCAGCUUGGCAGUCCCUCCUGCUGCACAGUGGAGAGUCCAGAGAUGGACUGUGAGGAAGGAUGGGCCUUGCUGAAAAGUGGAAUAAAGAAUUAUGAACGGGCUAAAGCCUGCUUUGAAAAGGCUCUGGAGGUGGACCCUGAAAACCCAGAAUUUAGCGCCGGUUAUGCAAUUGCUGUCUAUCGCCUGGAUGACUUCAACAAAGCACCACAGACUCUACACACCCUACAACAGGCCCUCAGGCUAAAUCCAGAAGAUGCAUAUAUGAAGGCUCUCCUUGCUGUGACCCUUCAGAGUAUAGGACGAGAAGCUGAGGGAGAAAAGUACAUUGAGGAAGCACUGAGCAGCAAGUCCUCUCAAACCUACGUGCUUCGAUAUGCAGGCAAGUUUUACCGAAGAAAAGGUUCUGUAGAUAAAGCUGUUCAGCUCUUAAACGCGGCUUUGCGGGCAACACCGUCCUCUGCCUUCCUGCAUCACCAGGUAGGGCUUUGCUACAAGGCACAAAUGAUUCAAAUAAAGAAAGCUAACAAUUGGCAGGUGACGGGAUGGGAUAAAGAACAUGUCAACAAAUUAGUUCAGAUGGCUAUGCAUGAAUUUGAAACAGCCUUGAAGAUAAGGCCCAUAUUUCACCAGGCGUGUAUUGACCUUGCUGAGAUGCUUGCAGAACUGGGCCACCACGGGGAGGCUGAGGACGCUUUUCAGAAACUGUUGGGCAUGGGGGUCCUUGAUGAUGAUAACCUACAGCAAGACCUUCACUUCCGCUAUGGCCGAUUUCAAGAAUUUCACAGGAAAUCCGAAGUCAAUGCAGUUAUCCAUUAUUUAAAAGCAAUAAACAUAGACAACUCAUCCUUUACAGGCAAUAAUAGUCUCAAAGCUCUGGAGAAAUUGGUUUUAAGGAAACUCUGGAGAAAUGCAGCAGAUGUGGAAAGCUUGAGCAUCCUUGGGUUCGUCUACAAAUUGAAUGGAGAAAUGAACAAAGCCCUGGAGUAUUAUGAGCAGGCCCUGAGGCUGGCUGCUGGCUUUGAGAACUCCGUGGGACAUGUUCCUUAAGUGCUGAAAGAAAUGUGGACCGCUUUCCCAUUUCAUCUGAUUUUAUGUUAACUUGUUCUAGCCAUCUUUUCUGUUUGCUGAUUUCCAACUCAUGUUAUUUUUGAGCGAAUACUCACUUGUUACCUGA